GCCCACAUGGAGAGGCUGAGGCGCGCACAGGACGUGUGCAUUGCGCUCAUCUGCUUCUCGCAGGAUUCGGAGAACGAGGACGACAUCCCCCAAGACGUUGUGAACUACCGCGACGACGUUCCCAGAAACACGUCCGCGCGUGCGUCCAGCCUCGCGUACUGCGAGGCCCUGCUGGUGCUCGCCUACCACUUGCUGGCGGCCCAAGUGCCGGAGGACAAGACAGAAGAUCAGAAGAAGGCACGCCAGAAGGAGAAGAAG